AUAAAUAAAGAAAAGGUUUAUAUUAUUGGACAUAUUCCUCCAGGGGCUUAUCCUCGUGGGUUUUUUCCAGAAACUGGUCCAAACUUCUUUUAUUUUCAUUCAUUCAACAAGAAGUUUACCCAUAUUGUAAACACUUACCAUGAUGUUAUUGUUGGCCAGUUCUUUGGUCAUCUUCAUCUCGAUAGCUUCAUGCUGUUCUCAGAUAAUCAAACUGUCCUGAGCUCCCUCUUUCUCAGCCCUGCUGUGACUCCCUGGUACGAGCCAAACAAGGAAUUGUAUUCUCCUGUCAACCCUGCUGUCAGGUUGUACAAGUACAACAGAACCAGUGGAACCAUUCUAGACUACAGCGUAUAUUUUUUGAACCUUACUAAGGCAAACAGCCACAACAACCAGGGUGAUGUGGAACAACCUCAUGAUUCCCCUAGUGGCAAGUUGGACACACCACAAGAUAUGUUGUCAUGGGAACUACUGUACACCUUCACUGAAGCCUAUAACCUGUCCGACGUCAGCACUUCCUCACUGGCCCGGCUGCACGAUAAGCUAGUUAAUUCUGUGGAAACAUUUCAGCGGUACUUCCAGUUCUCAACCGUACAGAAAGUAAUGUUUCCUUGUAAUUCGACAUGUCGACAUUUCCAUCUGUGCUCUGUGGCUAAUGUCGAUCUUGGUGCUUAUAAUGCUUGCGUCAGCAUGCAGGAGUACGCCACCACUCCGGACUUUAGCCAAGAUUAUAACGUGACAUCGCCAACUUCGUAUCCUGCAAGUAUCUCCGAGAUUUUUCCCGACAAUUCGGAACCCGGAGAACCAGAGCCAGUCAUCAGCGACGCAAAACCAGAACCCGAAUCUCACACCACACGUAACGUCCUCGUUGGGAUAAGCAUUGGUCUUGUUGCUGCGACUCUUAUCAUCGGAAUUGUUCUCCUCCGCAAGCGAGCUCGUCUGUUUCGUGGUCCACGUUAUGUGUUCUUUCCCUGAUAAACUCGAGUACACGGACAGCUUGUUGCGACAAAUACUUCUAAUGAUUAAUGCUUUGAGUUUAUAUAGAAAAUAUUAAAGUCUUUUAAACUCAUAUAUUUUAACUCUUUAUGACACAUGAUUCUGUAAUAUGAUGUAUUUAGAUCCCUGAGCAUGCUAAGCAAAACAACUGUGUUGUUAAUUUUUAUAAUCUAUCAAGACGUUUCAUUUCUUAUGGGUAAUGCAUUUGAUCUUAAAGAUAGGUUUUGUUUUAUUUGUCAGAGCUCUUCGUGAAUUUUAUUAAACAUGAAAAUGGUUAUUUCUUAUAAGAAGAAUUUAUUUUUGUACUGGUAUGCUACAGUUUAAAACUGUAAUGUCACUGUUGACGAUUGAGAUUUCUAUAGUAUGUUAAUACUCGAGAGGGUAAAGA